AUGAAUAGCUCAUCCACUUCAACGUUAGACAGCCAUGCACCGAGAAAGACCACUUCGAUAAAAUCACUCCCGUCGUUACAGUCACGACAACAAACUCAAACUCAAACUCAGAACCAAAGUCAUCAUCAUUUGCAACAAAAUAGUCCGCAAAGACAGCGACAACAUUCACUAUCAGGACAUCAGACACAAUCCUCUCUGCAAAAAUUCAGUCGUGGUCAAAUGGAACGAGAGAGGGGAACCACUUUAUCAUCAAUGAAUAUACCCAUUCAGUCCGUGGAUAGAAGUCAAAAGCAACAAAGGGGACAACCGGAUCUUGAAAUUGAUACGAAAUUGCAAUCAGAACAAUUGAGGAUCCGCAGUGCAACAUUACCCAACAAAUCACCACUACGGCCUUCACCUUCAUUUGCAUCAACCGAGUCAAAUGCUGAAAGCCCCACUUGGCUUUUAAGUGAUUUACUUUCAAAUUUGAGCUCACUCAAGGAUAAAGAUGAAUAUUCAAUCGUGCAGAAAUCAAACGAUUUGGUGUCGUUGUUUCAAUCGUAUCCAAAAUUGAAAGAAGAAGUACAGAUAAAGACAGUACUUCCCAGGAUUCAAUUUAUGUUGUACCAUCCUGUUCCUGAAGUGAGAUCAUCAUGUUAUCGAAUAUUGCGGCAUUUGAUUGUCAAUUAUGAUAGUCUAAUCUUAUUAGGACAACUGAAACUACUUAUAUUUAUUAUCACCAGUCUUGCCAAUGAUCAAUAUAAAGCAUCGUUGAUUGAAAUGACACAAGCAUUGAAGUUGAUACGGCAGUAUUUGACAAUCGAUAAAGGUGCCGACUUGUUAUCUGUAGGAGUUAUAAAAGCAUUGAUUGCUGUUAUAGAAGGUGACCUGCAUGAUCAUAAUCAUACCUUAUCUGCAUAUGGAUUACAUGUAGCACCCAUUCCAGAAGGUUUCAAAAAUGCUUGUUUGGAAACGAUUUGCGAAAUUUCCCUUUUGAAGCCAGAAUUAGUGUUUCAUUCUGGUGGAUUCAAAUUGAUGAUUAAUUCUAUCAUUGAAGGCUCGUUUGAAGUGUCAUCAACAUGCCUUUUAAUCAUUCUACGGUUAUUGAGUUUCCAAAAUUCAAGAAAGUUUGUACGGAAUGGGUUUGAUUUGGAUUCAUUGAUUGCAGUUUUUUCAACUGAUGAAGAUACAGGUGAUUCCAAAUUCAAACAUGUGUCCAAUUUCAAAUUGCAGAAAAUAUCUGUUCUCAUAUCGGUGUUGUUGCGUGAUUUCAAUGGAUUGAUUGCAUUUUCCAUCAACAAUUUUACCAGCAUAAAGAAUUUAUUGAUCAAUUUAAGCAAAAGAAAUCAUCGUGUUCAGGAUCUUAUUCUUGAUAUAAUUCUUGAUGCAUUGAGGAUCAAAGUAUUCCCAUGGUUGGAAAACUCGUCAAUUGGUGACUUUAUCACAAAAUUCAAUCACCAGUACCAACAAAGUCAUUUGGCAAUUAAAAGAAAAUUCACAUUUGAGUAUAAAGAUAUCAAAGAGCCAUUUGCAAGAGACAUUGUCCAUCACUAUCAAGGUCUACUCACAUACAUAUUGGUGAGAAACGAUUUAUUUGAAAAAUUGUUGCCAAUUGUUGAAGAUGGCACCAACAAGAGUUUACAAAAAAAGGCAACGUUUCUUCUUCUGAAGCUUUACUUUAUUGCCAAUAAUUACUUGCCGAGUGAGUUGGUUCUGAACAAAUUGCAAAUACCGGGAAUUUCUGCUCACGUAUCCCUAAGUAGUAACAAAAAGACAACUGACGUUGAAACGAGCCAAUUUAUCAAGUUCAAAAUCAAAACCAUCACCGCUAGGGCCAAUUUUGAUGUUGAUGACGAUGAGUUUAAAGCCAUGAUCACCAACAGUAAAGUUCUUACGAUUAAGGAAUUUGAACAAUGGAAUUGGCCACUUCUUACAACUUUGGUGCUGGGCCCAUUAACAUCUCCUAAACGCUUUGAAGAAAUAUUGGAAAGGUCACCGAAAUUUUUCAAACGAUUGGUUUCAUUUUAUCGUCCAUUCAAGUACCGGUUUUCAUCAGUACAUAAUAAUCGAAAUGCAUCAAAGUAUAUUGAUUUUGGCUGUUUAUUAUUGGAAACGUUCCUCAGUACUGAUGUUGGACUCAAGUAUCUAUCCUCGAGCAAGAUCUUGCCGCAAGUGGCUGAAAUUGUGGCCCAAAUUGAUCCUUUUAGUGGAAUAUCAUCAAAAGAUGCAAUAUUGAGUAAGAAACGACUCGAAAAUACCGCAUCGGUGGGGUAUUUGCGCUUUAUUGGGGUAUUAAGCAGCAGUAAUGAAGGAUUGAGUCUUUUAACCAGCUGGCAAUUGUUUACCAUGUUUACCAACAUUGUAUCUGCUUCGAGUCAAAGUGAAGUGACAAAUUUAUUUAUAUUAACAAUGUUCAAAUAUGCUGAUUUUUCUGUUGAAAACUCGCCGUUUAGGAUCUUGCUCAAGAUGAGUUUAACCGUUUCAAAUUUGAAAAUUAGGACUCAUUUAUUGAAACAUAUUGUUCCUCGUUUGCUCAACACUUUUGAAUGUCAGGAUUUUUGCAUUGGAGCCCUUGUCAAUAAUUUGUACGAUACCAAUCAUGAUAUCGUUAUUCGAUCAAUUGAUUUGCUAUUCAAUCAUUACCAAAAAAAUAAUUUUCAAAAUCUACAGUCAAUAAUUAAGUAUCAGCCAGUUGUUCAUAUACUUCAAAAAUAUGAUACUGGACGUCGAUUUCUUGUUCAUUUUUUGAAUGAUUCACAUGGGUUUCAGUAUUUGGAAUCACAGGGGUACCUCGAACAUGAAUUCAACAAGUGGUUUCAAAUUGUUGAUUUUGAAUACGUAAGGAAAUUGGAACAAUUGAUUAGAUUUCAGUUUUUCCCCUUUGUUAGUCUUGAAGCAUUCCAUGCCCAAGGUAAACAAAACUUAGAUGUUAGUGAAGUUGAAUUGUCAUCGUUAUAUUUCUUCAAGUGUCUUUUAUCGACUGAAGAAGGUUUAACCUACUUUCAACAAGGAAUGGCCCGUGAUUUUUUUGAUCAAAUCUUGUCAUCUGUGGAGAACAUAUUCAAUCAGAUUAACAACGAUAAUGAAUUUCUUGAUAUUGAUAACCAAGAUGAACUUCAUUGUGAUAUGCUCAAUUUACUAAAGCAAAAUUUAUGGAUUAUUGGACAAAUCGGUUCCGGGAAAUAUGGAAUUCAAUUAUUGGAUCCAUUGUAUAAUAUCAAUUUGAAAUCAUCCAUUGUUGAAUUGAUAUUAGAUCAGUUUCAUCAUUGCCCCAUUUGGGAAAUUAGAGGCGUAUGUUUUUAUGUAAUUGGAAUGAUUUCAACCACAAUUGAAGGUAUUGAAAUCCUUGAUGAGUACGGCUGGAGUUCAGUAUUGGACCAGUAUGGAAACAGCAUGAAGUUGGCCUAUCCAAAGCCAGUUGCAACUGGUUCAAUGUUGAAACAUGGAUCCUACGAUGAUGCAAACUUGUUCAAUGUAGCUAUUGUCAAUCCUUACCAAGAUGCCCAAUAUUUCAACAUUUUCAAUAGCAUGAUUGAAGAAACAUCUAUUGAAAUUCAAUCACCACUAACAAUAAGGACAAUUUUCGCAAAUCUCCAUAGUUUGAAUUCCAUCUUAUCCAAGAUUGAAAUCAAGGCAAUAAGAGAAUUGAACAAAUUGAAACUACAUUCAAGUUCAAUUUUUGAAGAUGGUGAUUUAUUUCUUGAUGUUAUUCGAUUAAUUGAUAAGGGUAAUUUUUCAUUUCACAAACGAAUUUUCAUUUUCAAAUUGUUUAUUGAAGAUACUCGAGUGUUGGAGUCGAUUUUGAAAAGAGAACGACGUGGAUCGUUUAAGUUACAAUUAGCAACAUCUACAUAG